AUGGUUGAUCGUACACAUUGUGCAUCAAUUAUAUUGAUAGUAAUAAGUAUUGGAUUUAUGGCUGCUGGUGUUCUAUUAAUAGUUCUUGGUGAUUCACUUAUCAAAAAAAUUGUUAAAAAUGAAUGCCAAUUGAAACCAGGAACAAUGGCUUACGAUAGUUGGCAUGAUUCUCCUGUACCAUUAUAUAUAUCAUUUUACGUAUUUGAUCUUAAUGAUACAGAAUUUCUUAAUGGUACAUCAAAACCACAGCUUAAACAACGUGGACCAUUUGUCUACAGAGAACAAAGAAAUAAGACAGAUAUAAGAAUAUAUGAAAAUGAAACAAUUUCAUAUCGAGAACAACGCUCAUAUACAUUUGAUCCAUCACGAUCAGCUGAAAGUGAAACAGUAAAUAUUACUACAAUAAAUCUGGUCUAUAUGACAUUAGUGAAUUAUCUUCAAAUGGAAGAUGUUUCUCGGUCAUUUCGAAUUAUAGUUGGAGGCUUAUUAUCUGGUCAAGAAAAACCAAUUAUGAAACUUUCUGUAAAAGAAUACAUUUGGGGAUAUCAAGAUCCAUUAUUGCAUGUGCUUAAAAGUGAAUUUCCCGAUAUUAUUACUGAUGAUGAAGUGUCAGUUUAUAAUGCUGCGAUACGUGAAACGGGAUUGAAUACAUUUUUAAUUAAUAAUGGUGUUGGUUUUGAUACAGAUCAUACUGAACGUAUUAAUAAUUUGGGCAAAAUUGAACGGUUCAAUUUUGAAAGAAGUUUAUCAUUUUGGUCGAAUGAAUAUGCGAAUAUGAUUAAUGGAACAGAUGGUACAAUAUGGCAUCCAUAUACAAAAGACACUGAACGAAUUUAUGCAUUUAUAUCUGAUAUUUGUCGAUCGGUUUAUCUUAAUUUUAGUGAAUCACAUACUAAUAAAUUUAAUAUUAAAAAUUAUCGUUAUACAAUGCCAAAUAGUGUAUUUGCGAAUUCAACAGAAAAUGAAGGUUUUUGUUUGAAUUCUACAAUUCAUAAUAAAACACAUGAAUUGGAAUGUUUACCAAGUGGCCUAUUUUCAUUAAAAACAUGUAUUCGUUUUGGUGAAAGUUUACCACAUAUACCAUUACCUAUCAUUGGGUCAAAUCCACAUUUUCUUGCAGCUGAUUCUUCAGUACAAAAUGGUGUUAGUGGACUAACACCUGAUGACAUAAAACAUCGUAGUUUUAUGGAUAUAGAACCACUUACUGGCAUUGUUAUGAGUGGAUCUCGACGACUACAAAUCAAUCUAAAUGUUAUUAAUGAUUCAGCCAUACAGGCUAUAUGUCGUCUAAAUCCCGUUAUUUAUCCUAUGAUAUGGGUUGAUGAACAUGCAGAAAUCGAUAAAUCCAAUGCUGAUAAAUUUUAUAGAAAAGUAACUAGACCAAUAACAGCACUUCAUGUUAUGAAAUAUAUUAUACUUGGUAUUGGUAUUGUGUUAUUUCUUUAUGCAAUUGCUUUAAUAGCCUAUCGUCGACAUAAAACAAAUAUAUUUGGUCCCGCUUUUCCAAAACAGCAUCCAGACGAAACAUCGGCAUUGGUUUUUUUUUGA